GUUUUUGUGCCGGUUAUUGUUGCAUUGUGUUUGUUUGCCGUCUUGUGCUGUUCUUGCAAAGCCCAAGGUUUACGGAUAGCCCGAGCUCUCGAUCUGGUUAGAUGCAGGACAGGACAGGGGAUGCCAAGAACGAAGGCAAGGCAGGGUAUAACGGUGCAGGAAUAGGCUAUCAGAUUCUAAGCUUCAUUUUGCCGUUGCCGUUGAUCGCCACACCCUUCCCGGGAAGGCAGGCACCGCAAGAUACGAGGCAGGUUUUCUCGGGAAAGCCACCAGGCUGGGCCACCAGGCUGGGUCACCGGGAAAUCAAGAAAUCCCUCGACCCAGCCUCAUGGCGCCACCAUGUUUCCGUCGCUGCUGGUGCGGCAGCUCCUUCCCUGGGAGACAAUCUCGCGGUGGGCUCCGCGGAUCAGCGCCUUCCUUGCCGUACUGUACUGUACGGUAUGGAUGUACCUGCCGCCUACAGCCAAAUGCUCGCGUGA